UGUUUGCGGAAUCGGCCGUGCGGCGAUUGGAACAUCAGCGCUAGUUUUAUCAACUGAGCUAGUUGGGAAACGAUGGCGAGGCCAGCAAGAAACUCAAAAUGAUGCUUUCUCAGCUAUCAAGAUUUUGUUAAAAAAAAGAUGGUGCAUUCGAAGGUUAUUAACAGCUAUGAUAGCAAGUCUUGGCAUUGGGAUGGUGUAUUAUGGCAUGCCAUUAGGCCUUGGAAAUUUGGCAUUCAACCUCUACUUGAGCGUCGCACUUAAUGCCUUCUCUGAGCUACCAGCAUCACUGGUUACUUUCUUGAUUGUGGGAAACGUGGACAGAAGAGUUUCCUUACUGUUUUUCACAAUCCUGAGUGGGGUUUGUAAUAUAAUGUGUGUUGUAAUAGGAAAGUUGCAGACAUUACAGCUUUGGUUAGAGCUUGUGUCCUUCUUCAGCGCCUGUACUGCAUUUAACAUCUUUUUGAUAUAUACCACAGAGUUGUUCCCAACUUGUGUGCGAAACUCGGCGGUUUCAUUGGUGAGGCAAGCUCUUGUCCUCGGUGGUGUGUUCAGCCCAGUUGUAGUUGCAGCUGGAAGAAGAAAUGCAAUUGUAUCGUAUGGGAUAUUUGCUUUGUCGAUAGGGCUUUGUGGAUUGUUUGUGGUUGGUUUGCCUGAGACAAGAGGCAAAACAAUUAGCGAUACAAUGGAAGAAGAAGAAAAGAAACACAAUGCUUCCCUAAUUAGUAAUGUAAUUAAUUAAUAAUCAAUGUCUUGUUCAAAUAAUAACAGCUUUUGUAUUG